UAUCCGGAGGCAAUAGGUGGAACUACUUCUGCUGUAGAUAUUCACAAGAAGCUCCGCCAAGUAAACCUCCUUUCCCUCCUCUCUUUAUUUUCUUCCUCCCCUCCAUUUUCCCGCAUCCCCUCACUAAGAAUUCUUCACGUGACUAAAUCCAUUGCCUUCCCCCCCCACUCACCCUCUAACCCAUAAAACUCUCCGCACACCCUGACUAUAGAAGACAGGUUUUCGGCAGCAUGAGUUCAAGUCGCUCGCACUUUCGGAACGUAGAAUUUUAUGAUCCUGCCAACCCUGGCAGCGAUGCCCUUGGCGGAUUCAUCCAGAAUGGAUCGGUUACGGAGGCGGAUUUCCUUCACAUGCUUGGGAUUGUUCUAGUCGUGGAAACUCCUAUACGUGUUCAACAUCGAAUUUCACGCCAUGUCGUAUCGGUGAUCAACAGCCGCCUGGCAAUCGGGACGUAUGAUAUUUAUUGUGACUGUAGGUAGUUGCCCCUGCUCAUGGAAAGGUAAUCAUUAACUCGGUUCUAGCUCCCGUUCAAUUGAGCAAUGAGCCGUGGAUACAUCGAGUCAUCUCGUACAAUGUCUCUGGCCGGGAGGACGCCUUUCGCGAUGGAAUUCGGGCGCGAGAUGGAAGAUGCGUAAUCUCAGGUGUGAUAAAUAUGAGUGCUCCAUUUCGGUGGGCGAGUUUUGAAGCAGCACAUGUUUUUCCGCUGGGAAGCGAGAAUCUCUGGAUCGAGUGGGGUUAUGGGCAGUACAUCACGGACAUGGAUGACACUGUUGGUGUCUCAAGGAUCAACUCGUGCCAGAACGGGUUUCUGCUCAGUCAACACAUCCACGGCCUAUUUGAUCAGUACCUAUUGUCAGUGAAUCCAGAUGUGGGUUCUCCACUAUAAUUUACUAUCCCUAGGCGAUGCUGAUCAUCCCCAACAGGAUGGUUAUAAAAUUACUGUGUUUGAUAAUGAUAUAUACGGUAUGGAUGGCAGAACUCUAGAUCCCGUUUGCCGCGAUCCAUCAGAUCCUCAUCGUGUCUCGGAUCAGCUUUUGCGGUGGCACUUCCGACAGUCUGUGCUUGCGAACAUGAGAAGAGCGGGUGAGCCAGUCUUUGAGUCCGACUUCCCCCCGGGGACCGACAUGAUGAGAGAGAUCCAGAGAGGACCAUACGCGAAGGAGAGGCUAGAGUUGGAGGUGGCCGUGAGAUUGAAGGGAUUG